AUGCUUACAAGGAACUGCCUGCUGCUGUUCCUGUGGAUUCUUGUCAACGAGGAUUCGGUCCUUUCUUUACAUCCUCCUUCAUCACCACUGGGUCGGAGCAGAACGGGGAGGGAGCACGCCAAGAGCUCGGUGGGCUCAACGAGAAAGAAUGGGGCCUCUGGAUUUCAGCGGGUCAAGAGAGGCUGGGUGUGGAACCAGUUUUUUGUACUGGAGGAGUAUAUGGGAUCAGACCCGCAAUAUGUGGGCAAGCUCCACACUGACCUCGAUAAGGGGGACAGUUCGGUGAAGUACACCCUCUCAGGGGAUGGUGCUGGCUCCAUUUUCACAAUUGACCAAACUACCGGGGACAUCCAUGCCUUAAGGAGUCUUGACAGAGAGGAGAAGCCUUACUACACCCUCCGCGCCCAGGCUGUGGACAUUGACACCAAUAUCCCACUGGAGCCUGAAUCAGAAUUUGUUAUCAAGGUCCAAGAUAUCAAUGACAAUGAACCAAAGUUCCUGGAGGGACCGUAUACAGCCAGUGUUCCAGAGAUGUCACCAGUUGGGACCUAUGUGACUCAAGUAACAGCCACAGAUGCAGAUGACCCUACGUAUGGAAACAGUGCGAGAGUGGUUUACAGCAUCAUCCAUGGCCAACCGUACUUCUCUGUUGACCCUAAAACAGGAGUUAUAAAAACGGCGUUGUCCAAUAUGGACAGAGAGGUGAAGGAACAGUACCAGGUAUUAAUCCAGGCCAAGGACAUGGGUGGGCAGCUGGGAGGACUGGCUGGGACCACCAUCGUCAACAUCACCCUCAGCGACGUCAACGACAACUCACCAAGGUUUUCCAAAAGUUUCUUUCACCUACGAGUUCCUGAAUCCUCUGCAGUGGGCUCUGCUGUCGGCAGGAUAAAAGCCCAUGACUUGGACAUCGGGAGGAAUGCUGAAGUAGAGUACACGAUUGUGCCAGGCGACGGAGGCGCCAUGUUUGACAUUACCACUAAUGAGCACAACCAAGAGGGAAUCAUCAUUCUCAAAAGGCCCCUGGACUAUGAAACCAAGAAGGCAUACACCUUCAAGGUAGAAGCUGCAAAUGCUCAUUUGGAUCCACGCUUCCAGAGCUUUGGGGCCUUCAAAGACACGGCAACAGUGAAGAUUAACGUUUUAGAUGUGGAUGAGCCCCCGGUGUUCAAUAAGCCCUCCUAUGUGAUGGAUGUGUACGAAGACACACCUGCAGGCACCAUCAUUGGCGCGGUAACGGCACAGGAUUUAGAUGCUAGCAGCAGCCCAGUCAGAUAUUCCAUUGACUGGAAGAGUGACUUGGACAGCUACUUUGACAUCGAUCCAGUGGAAGGGACGAUUUCCACAAAUGAGCUGCUUGACAGAGAGAGCGUCGCCCAACACAAUAUUUCCAUAGUGGCAACCAAACUUAGUAAUGUCUCUCAGCUCAGCCAUAAUUACCCAGAUGGUCAUAAGUGCACAUGGGGAGCAAUAAUAUGGUAA